UGACAAAAGUUUUUUUUUUUAUAAUAGAAACAUCGACUGCCGAUUUGUGUAUUCAUUUGUGCUGUGAUUUUGUACAAACAAUUUAUUUAUUUUAUUUAUUAAAAAUAGCACGUCAAGUCUUUUAUAAUUUAUAAUAGCUUCGUCUAUACUUAUCAUUUAAUUGGAAGACUGUUGAAAGCCAAAUUAAUCAUUAGUCGUUUACAUUUUUUACUUAAUCGUAAUCUGCAGGGCAGAAUUUAAAUACCUCACUUAUACAUUAUCGUAUUUCGCACAAAUUCUAUUUAUAAAACGGUGUGCGCCUCGGUGCGAUAAAUAUUAUUUUGCCGCAUAUUGCUGCAUUGCUGCUGGUAUCAUGAAGCGGCAAAACGUCCGCACUUUGUCCCUAGUGGUGUGCACGUUUACAUAUUUGCUGAUCGGCGCGGCAGUUUUCGACGCUUUGGAAUCUGAAACUGAGAGCAAGAGAUGGGAAGUUCUUUCUGACAUGAGAAAUGGUCUUAUGCGCAAAUACAACAUAACGCCUGAAGACUACCAUAUGAUAGAGAUAGUUAUAAUAGAGAACAAGCCCCACAAGGCGGGGCCUCAGUGGAAGUUUGCCGGAGCAUUCUAUUUUGCCACUGUUGUGUUGGCUAUGAUUGGGUAUGGACACUCUACUCCUGUGACUGUUGGGGGCAAAGCGUUUUGUAUGGCAUAUGCCAUGGUGGGCAUUCCCCUAGGACUCGUGAUGUUCCAGAGCAUAGGCGAGCGUUUGAACAAGUUCGCGUCAGUCGUGAUACGAAGGGCUAAGUGUUAUCUGCGCUGCGAGACCACGGAGGCCACGGAAAUGAACCUCAUGUUCGCCACGGGGAUGCUGUCUAGUAUUAUUAUUACUACAGGUGCCGCAGUGUUUUCUCGUUACGAGGGCUGGAGUUACUUCGACAGCUUCUACUAUUGCUUUGUGACGCUGACAACCAUCGGAUUUGGGGACUACGUGGCCUUACAGAACGACCAAGCGUUGACUAGUAAGCCAGGCUAUGUAGCCCUGAGUUUAGUGUUCAUUCUGUUCGGGCUAGCGGUGGUAGCUGCUAGCAUCAACUUGCUGGUGCUUCGAUUUAUGACCAUGCAAGCAGAAGAAAACGCCCGUGACGAAGAGAAGGAAGCCGCGCGAACCAUACUUCAACUUGACGCGCACGGCCUAGAGGGCCGCCACCAUGACGACCAGGCUUCGGUAAGCGACGUGUGCUCGUGCAACUGCCUUGGCAGCAAAGCGUGCGAGGGCGAGUUACUGCCCGUUUCCACGCAUAGGGGCUCGCUGGAAAUACUUGAACGCGCCUCCGUCUAAACACGGCAUCGGAGAAUCGGUCACUCAGU